AUGGCUGCUAACGAGCACCAUGGCCUGGGCGGCAUGAUCCCCGGCGAGAUCCCAAUCCCCCACGGCCCUCACGGCGACAACGACGACCGCGAUGACUUCCCGCUCGACCAGGACGAGCGCCGUGUCUUCAGCCAUGUCACUCGUCCCGAUGACAGCUACACCCCGGAGGGUGUGUACUGGGCUGAUCUGCCCUUUGUCCAGCGCGUCAAGUUCGUCUCGGCGGUCGACCGCCAGGCUGCUCGUGAGGAGCUCAGCACCAUCUGGUCUAUGAUGAAGAAGGACCCUUUGUCUCCCAUCUCGUGGUACUUUCGCCAUGCUGUCAUCCCCGGUGCUGGUCUUGGUCUGGAGGGCUACGUCCUCUUCUCCAUCGGUAACCUGGCGUCUCUUUUCGCCGCUGCCUGGCCUGAAUGCUGGGGUUCCAAGGCCAAGGUGUGCGAUGCCAACUGGAUUGCUGCUGUCACAUAUUUGGAAAUUAUCGGUAUCAUGAUCGGUCAGGUCAUCGUUGGUGUUAUCGGUGACUGGAUUGGUCGUCGCUGGGGUCUCAUCCAGGAUGCCAUUAUCAUGUUUAUUGGUCUUCUCAUGCUUACAGCUUCCUGGGGUCUUACCCUCCAGGGCUGGGUCAUCUGCUAUGCUUGGUCUCUCUUCUUCUACUCCGUCGGCGUGGGUGGCGAAUACCCCAUCACUGCUACUUCUUCCCUUGAGAGCGCCGUCACUGCCGGUAAGCUCUCGACCAAGGAAGAUCGUCUGCACCGUGGCCGCCGUGUCACCAUGGCUUUCCUGAUGCAAGGUUGGGGUCAGUUCUUCAACCAGGUCAUCCUCAUCGUCCUGCUCGCCAUCUUCAACAGCGGCCGAGGCGGUCCCCCUUACAGCAAGGAGGCUGCUCAGUUCACCUUCCGUCUGUCCUUUGCCUUCCCUGCCAUCGGUACUCUUUGGCUCGUCUACUACAGAACCUGGAAGAUGCCCAACGCAUCGAAGCAGCUUGCUGAAGCCAAAAGCCGCACUAGCGUCACCGGCUACGACGUUACCGCCCUCAAGUCAUGCUUCACCAACUUUGGCGGACGCCUGCUCGCCACCGCCGGUACCUGGUUCUGCAACGACGUUUUCUUCUACGGCAACAAGCUCUUCCAGGGUCAAUUUAUCAAGGUCAUCUCUGACAACCCCAACUCUCUCAUGACCGCAUGGUCCUGGAGUUUGGUCAACAUUGUCGUCUCCCUGGCUGGCUACUACGCAGCUAGUUUCCUCAUCGAUAACAAGCUCUACGGCCGCAAGUGGAUGCAGCAAAUUGGCUUCUUCAUGUGCUUCCUCAUGUUUGUCAUCCCCGCCUUCAGAUACGAAUACUACUCUAGCCCUGCCGGUAUCCACUCCUUCCAGGCCAUGUUUUUCCUGUCAUCCUUCUUCAACCAGUUUGGCCCCAACUCCGUUACUUUCCUCGUUGCCGGUGAGGUUUUCCCUACCCCCAUCCGUGCUACUGCCCACGGCUUCUCUGCUUGUCUCGGCAAAGCCGGCGCUCUGCUGGCUUCGAUUCUGUACAACUACAUCGACAUCCAGACCCGAUUCUACGUCGUCCCCUGGUUUGGUCUGGCUGGUAUGUUCCUCACCUGGCUUUUCCUGCCCGACACCACCGGUCUCGACCUCAAGGAGCAGGAGCGACGAUGGCGCUACAUCCGUGAAGGCAGAGCCGACGAGUACCACGGUGUUGCCGUCCACCCCCAACAUCUUUCCCUAUGGGAAAGAAUCCGUGGUGCUAGCAAGUCAUACGACCCCCAGUUGGACUGGAAGCAGAAGGUUGAUGACAUGCGAGCCGAGUGGGAGGCUAUUCAGGCUGCUCGUGGACCCAAGGAGACCGAGGAUAACCACGAUCAUCACGAUAGCGAGUUCUCUCCCGAGAUUCACGCUUUCUUCAAGCGCUCCAGCCCUGCUGUCCGCUCUCAAGGCGUCUUGAGCGAAAAGAUUGUCACCGACGAGGGUUCAUCGGAGUAA